UUUGAAUUUGAGGACAGGUCCUGGGAAGAAAAUUUCCAUCACCCACAAGAAACCGGGUAUUCUGUUUUCAGUUAUUCUCCAACCGGUAUCUCUCCAAGAAGAGGCCUCUUUGGAACCCUAAUCCUCACGCGCUCCAUUUCGUGCGUCCCCUGCCUUCCUCCGUUCCUUCCUUCUCCCAGUCCUCCAACAAGAGUCCAAUCUUUCUUUCUUUGUUUUUUUUCUUCUUCUGAUGUUGAUGUCUCUGCCUAUAAUUCCAAUCUCUUGGUCCAAUCCCCCAUGUUUUGAAAACCCUACCCCUCAAUUCUUGGUCUGAUUCCAAAUCCCCAUGUAAACGUUUCCAAAUUUUACGUCCACCAGAAUUUCUCCGAGUUGUCUUCCAAUUUGAUUCGAAACCCUGGUGAAAUUUCAGGUAAUCCAUCCUAACCCUUGUCAAAGCUGGGAUUUUUAUGAAUACAAGGGUAGCAAAGAGAGUUGUUGGUAUAAAGCUGGGAUUUUUAUGAAUCCGAGCUUGUAAGAAUUUGGUUUUCUGGAUCAAAUGAAUCCCCCUUUUUUUGGUAAAUUCAAAUUAAUCCCUUCAUUCCACCACCAGAAUCCUUCUGAAGUUUUCUUUCAAUUUUAUAGGAUAACCCUGGGGAAAUUUGAGGUAAUCCAUCCCUUCUCAAACCUGGGACUUCUGUGAAUCAGGGGUAGGAGAGGGAGAGAACUCUUUAAUAAAUAAAGCUGGGAUUUGUUAUGAAUAUAAGCUUGAAAGAAUUUAGCUUUCUGUUUUCAAAUUAAUUCCUAGAUUCCACCACCAGAAUUCAUCGGAGUCUUCUUUCAAUUUGAUAUCAAAACCCUUGUGAAAUUUGAGGUAAUUGUUCCCAACCCUCCUUAAAAGACCGAGAUUUUUAUGAAUCAGAGCUAGGGGAGAGCCCUCCAUCUCCAAUGGAAUCCCAGCCUCCAUCAGGGAACGUAGUCUUCUGCUGCGUUUCCAAAGGUAACAGAAUCCUCCACAAAUUCAGUGGUUGUGACCCCGAGCUUGAGGCAAUAGCCGAGCGCUGCCUGGAAAAAAGCCCAGCCCUGCAUUCCUGGUACUCCCACACUGUCGGCUCGAGGACCUUCAGCUUCCUAAUGGACGGUAAUUUCACUUACUUUGCCAUCGCCGACCCGAGCACUGGCAAUCUGGAGACCCACCGGUUCCUCAAGCGCUUCCGAGAUAGUUUCAAGGCCUCCAAGAAUGGAUUCCAGGAUGAAUUGGUUCCCGUCAUUGGCCGCUUGAUAUCUUCUUUGGAGAACAUGUCCCGGAAUCAGGCCUCUGACAGUGCGUCAACUGAUGGAUCGACAGAUUCUGCAAGGAUUCUUCUUUUAGGGAAGGCGAGUGGGAAACAUGAUAGAAAGAAAUCAAAGGACAGGGUGGUUGAGGCUGAAGAUGGCAGCGAGGAUCGUAACGAUAGGGGGAUAAAGAUCGAAUUGCCUCAUGAACCGGCAGGCGGUGGUGUUUCUUUGAGGAAGAGCCUGAGCUCGAGGAAUCGAGGGCCCCAGCAUACACGAAAAUUAUGGUGGCGCCGUGUGAAGAUAGUGCUUGCCAUCGAUGUGUUCCUCUGCUUGGUGCUGUUUGGGGUCUGGUUGGGGGUCUGUAGGGGUUUCCACUGUCUUUAUUGAUGAUGGUGGGAUUGGUUGGAUUCAGAGCUCAGCAAGGUUGUUAGCUUCGAGCAGAAUGCUUUAUGAAUAUGGAAUCCUGCAGUUUUGAGGGAUGGAGGAUAUGGAAGAUGAUUCGGUUGUUUGUGAGAGCUGAGUUUUGUUGAUGCUUGAUGUAUAUAUAGUUUUCAUACCUUUCUAUGUGACAGAAAUGUUACAAGUAUUAGAAUUGUGAUAUAUAUGGCUUUCUUUUUCGCUCA